GACUUGGAAGGCAGCCCUUCUGCCACUCCGCUUUCUUAAAGCCCAGAGCAAAUAAAAGAUCCUUUUCUAUUACUACAGUAGAUAGACUUAUAGUCCGGACUUUGAACUCACAGCGAUUUGCCGCACCAUUCCCUCUUAAGGAACUACUGCGCCCUCCGGCGGAAGAACAGCGGCGGAAUUCCACAGCGACACCUAAAGUCCCUGAACACCUUAAAGUCUUCCCCCUAAAGAAACUCGGCUGCGUCUGGCCCCGCCCCUCACUCAGUUCCGCCCCGGGCGCAACCUCGUCUUAUGGCACCGAUUGGCUGACCCCCGUGCGUGAGGACGUAGCGUCGUGGGGCGGGGCGGACGAGCCCCGUCAGGCCCCAGCGGUGUGUCCCAGGCCGUCGCCCCCGCUGUCGCGCUGCAUCUGCUCCUUGCAUGCUUUUAGAUGGUACAGCCCUCAGCCGGGGCUUCGGGGACAGUGCAGCCGCUGAGCAUCUCUGCUGAGCUUCUCCGCCGAUCCUCCUUUUCUAGCAGGCAGCUCUUCUAGGCCAGGUCCAGGUCGAGGGGGAAAAUGGCGCCCGCGCCCCUAGGCAUCCCGGAGGAGCAGUUGCUGGGGUGUCGAUCUGGAUUGCUUUCCCGGUUACUCUUCCUUGCCCAAAGCGCUCUCUUCCUGUUGCCCGCCGCCGGAGCAGGUCUCUGCCCCGCGCCCUGCUCCUGCCGCAUUCCUCUCCUGGACUGCAGUCGCAGGAAACUGCCCGCACCGAGCUGGAGGGCGCUGUCGGGCCUGCUGCCCCCCGACACCGCUAUCCUGGAUUUGAGUCAUAAUCGGUUGUCUAACUGGAACAUCAGCUUGGAAUCACAAAUGUUACAGGAAGUGAAAAUGAAUUACAAUGAACUAACAGAAAUCCCGUAUUUUGGAGAACCAACGUCUAAUAUUACUCUACUUUCAUUAGUCCAUAAUAUAAUCCCAGAAAUAAAUGCACAGGCGCUCCAGUUUUACCCUGCUCUGCAGAGUUUAGACCUCAGCUCAAAUAUAAUAUCAGAAAUCAAGACAUCUUCAUUUCCUCACAUGCAGCUUAAAUACCUGAAUUUAAGUAAUAACAGGAUAACCACCUUGGAGGCUGGCUGCUUUGAUAAUUUAUCGAGUUCCUUAUUAGUGGUAAAGUUAAACCGUAACCGAAUUAGCAUGAUUCCACCUAAGAUCUUCAAGCUGCCUCACCUCCAAUUCUUGGAACUUAAAAGAAACAGAAUUAAAAUUGUGGAAGGUCUUACAUUCCAAGGGCUUGACUCCUUAAGAUCUUUGAAAAUGCAGCGGAAUGGAAUUAGCAAACUUAAGGAUGGAGCAUUUUUUGGCUUAAAUAACAUGGAAGAACUAGAACUGGAACACAAUAACCUUACACGAGUGAACAAGGGGUGGUUGUAUGGCUUGCGAAUGUUACAGCAGCUCUAUGUGAGCCAGAAUGCUAUUGAAAGAAUCAGCCCUGAUGCAUGGGAGUUCUGCCAAAGACUAUCCGAACUUGAUUUGUCCUAUAACCAGCUGACCCGCCUGGAUGAAUCUGCCUUUGUGGGUCUGAGCUUAUUGGAGAGAUUGAAUUUGGGAGACAACAGAGUCACUCAUAUUGCUGAUGGUGUAUUUAGAUUUCUUUCCAAUCUUCAGACAUUAGACUUAAGAAACAAUGAAAUUUCAUGGGCCAUAGAAGAUGCUAGUGAAGCCUUUGCUGGACUCACAAGUCUCACUAAAUUAAUCUUACAAGGAAACCAGAUUAAGUCAAUUACAAAGAAAGCAUUCAUUGGUCUUGAAUCCCUUGAGCAUCUAGAUUUGAACAAUAAUGCUAUAAUGUCUAUCCAAGAAAAUGCUUUUUCUCAGACUCAUUUGAAAGAACUGAUUCUGAACACAAGCAGUUUGCUCUGUGACUGCCAUUUGAAGUGGCUACUUCAGUGGUUGAUUGAUAAUAACUUUCAACAUUCUGUGAAUGUAAGCUGUGCACACCCUGAAUGGCUAGCAGGGCAAAGCAUCCUGAAUGUGGAUCUGAAAGAUUUUGUCUGUGAUGAUUUUCUUAAGCCACAGAUAAGGACACAUCCUGAAACCAUAAUUGCUCUAAGAGGCAUGAAUGUGACUCUGACGUGCACUGCAGUGAGCAGCAGUGAUUCACCCAUGUCCACUGUGUGGCGCAAAGACAGUGAAAUCCUGUAUGACGUGGAUAUUGAGAAUUUUGUUCGUUAUCGGCAGCAAGCUGGAGAAGCUCUGGAAUAUACUAGUAUCUUACAUCUUUUCAAUGUGAAUUUCACAGAUGAAGGAAAAUAUCAGUGUAUUGUUACUAAUCACUUUGGUUCUAAUUAUUCUCAGAAAGCCAAACUGACUGUAAAUGAGAUGCCAUCUUUUCUGAAAACGCCAAUGGAUCUGACUAUUCGCACUGGUGCCAUGGCCAGAUUAGAAUGUGCUGCAGAGGGACACCCUGCACCUCAGAUUUCCUGGCAGAAAGAUGGUGGUACUGACUUCCCUGCGGCUCGAGAAAGACGCAUGCACGUCAUGCCCGAAGAUGACGUCUUCUUUAUUGCCAACGUGAAAAUAGAAGAUAUGGGAAUCUAUAGCUGCAUGGCACAAAAUAUAGCAGGAGGUCUCUCAGCAAAUGCUUCCCUAACAGUGUUAGAGACACCCUCAUUUAUUAGACCCCUGGAGGAUAAGACAGUAACCCGAGGUGAAACUGCGGUGUUACAGUGCAUAGCUGGAGGGAGUCCUGCACCUCGUCUCAACUGGACUAAAGAUGAUGGGCCUUUGCUGGUGACAGAACGACAUUUCUUUGCUGCAGCCAAUCAGCUUCUCAUCAUUGUAGAUGCUGGGCUAGAAGAUGCUGGGAAAUAUACCUGCAUUAUGUCUAACACCCUUGGGACAGAACGUGGCCACAUUUACCUAAAUGUCAUGUCAUCCCCCAAUUGUGACUCUUCCCAGAGUAGCACUGGGCAUGAAGAUGAUGGCUGGACUACAGUUGGCAUUGUCAUCAUUGUUGUGGUCUGCUGUGUUGUUGGCACUUCUUUGAUCUGGGUCAUUGUUAUUUACCACAUGAGAAGGAAAAAUGAAGACUAUAGUAUCACAAACACAGAGGAGCUCAAUCUGCCUGCAGACAUUCCCAGCUACUUGUCUUCCCAAGGAACGCUGUCUGAGCCACAGGAAGGCUACAGCAACUCUGAGGCAGGCAGUCACCAGCAACUUAUGCCUCCUGCCAAUGGAUAUAUACACAAAGGCACUGAUGGUGGCACUGGUACCCGGGUGAUUUGCUCAGAUUGUUAUGACAAUGCCAACAUCUACUCCAGGACCCGAGAAUACUGUCCAUACACCUAUAUUGCUGAGGAGGAUGUUCUUGAUCAGACACUGUCGAGCCUCAUGGUCCAGAUGCCUAAAGAGACAUAUUUAGCUCAUCUUCCCCAGGAUACUACUGCCCUAGAGAGCCUGAUAUCGUCAGCUGACGGAGAGCCAUCUGCCUUUCCCACCAACCAUGAGAGGAUAAGUGAGAAGAAACUUCCGUCCACACCGAUGAGUGGUGAAACAUUGCAGCGGCCCGUCUGGAACAUAAACAGAGAACUAGGCCUGCCUCAUCCUCCUUUUUCCCAGCAGCCAGUCCAUGAGUCACCACAACUUCAUCAAAAUGAGGGCUUGGCAGGGCUGGAGCCAGACUGUUCCGCUUCUUCCAUGUCCUGCCACAGGUUACAGGAUCAUGGUUUUGUUUUUAGUAGGACUCGGAACAUUCAAGAUGGUAGUGAAGGCACAUGAAACCCACUUCAGGAUGAAAUCUGGGCAGAGACUCAUUAAUUAAUUUUGCAUUUACUACCUCAGAGCUCAGAAGAAACUCCGAAGUCAGCAUUUGCUUUACUCUUUCUUUAUGAUUGCAUCUGACUGCACCAAGGUGGGCCAUGCGUUGUUUGGUCUUAUAUCUGAUGAAGAAAUGGUAACAGCUGACAGAAAUGGGUACAGCUCAUCAAAAAUGUGCAGCAUCGGCAGAGGGAAGAUACGGGGCAAAUGUGCUUCCUGAUGGUUCCAUGGGGAUGUGCCCCAGUGUGCAUCUGCCUGUCAGAAGAGUCACAUUGCUGCUUACCCUGCUGGAUUGCCCUAGUCUUCAGAAUGGUCCUGAGAAAACAUCACUACUUUGAUGUUCUGCUUUGCCUUCCAAGGAGCAAAAAUAACUUUGGAGCCUUGUGGGAAGUGUGCCUGGGAUUCUUCAGUGGUUUCAGGCAGAUAGUUGAGACUGGGGCUUUGAUAUUCAAGGUCUUUGGCAAGAAUCCCAGACUUGACCAACUGGUACCAGGUCAAAGGUUUUUGUAUUCUUGUGAAUUUUUUUUUGUCCCUAUUGCCCAGGGAUGUCACUGUAAAUAUAUGUACAUUUAUAAAUAAUUUUUGUAUUCAUUGACCAUAUGUGUUGGCUGCAAUGUAAAUAUUUUUGAUAUGCCAAAAUUAUAUAUAAUAUUCAGUUAUAAUAUUGACAAGUAGCUUCUCAGAUCACAGAUUUUAAAUAACUUGAUUUAAUGAUAUCUAAAAAUUUUAUUUAAAGUAUAAAAACUGUGGCUCACACCUGUAAUCCCAGCAUUCUGAGAGGUUAAGGUGGGAGGAUUGCUUGAGGCCAGGAAUUUGAGACCAGGCUGGGCAACAUGGUGAGACCUUGUCUCUGCAAAAAAUAAAUUUAAAAAAUAGCUGGGCAUUGUGGCAUGCUGUUGUUGUCCUAGCUACUUGGGAGCCUGAGGUGGGAGGGUCACUUGAGCCUGGGAAAUCAAGGCUGCAGUGAGCUGUGUGAAGCCACUGCACCCCAGCCUGGGUGACAAAGCGAGACCUGGCUCAAAAAUAAAUAAAUUAAAUAAAUAAAAAGUUUUAAAAACUUACUUGUUAAGAAGUGUAUCUAUAGAGGCAGCUGCUUAGUGAUUGUAUACACAUAAACACAGUCUAGGUGUAAUUAACUGCCUUCUUCAGGCCUAGAGGUUCAUACUUCUGGUCAUUUGCCAUCUGUUUAAAAGUGCUCGGUGAUACUCCCUUUCUAACAUAAAAAGCUUGUUCUUUCGGAGCCUGGCAGUCCUGUCACAGCUGUAUGUACCUAGAGGAAAACUCGUUUGGAAAUUCCUUUCAUUUCCUUCCCCUCUCGCUCCCCACUUCCCUCUUUUUUUACUGAAACAGAAAUUGAUUGAGGAAAGUUCAGUCAUUCCUUCAGAAACCAGUGAGUUAGAUCGGGUUGUUACUUUAUGUAUAAUGAAUGCUUCAAAAACUGGAGGCUGAUUUAAAGAUUGCAGAACUUGAGUCAGAAUCAUAAGCAGUACUGUGACAUGACCUGGAGCCAGAACAGUUGCUGAUAUCAGAACCAUCUCUUUCAAUCUGUGACUUUGCUCUUGCCAUGUUCUGACUGGGGUGAGCCGCUAGGAUAUAAAUCACUAUCACUGUCCGUAUUUGAGUCUGCACAUCUUGUCAUUAUUUGCUUUAAUGCUCUUUGAGUUGCAACAGGUGUAUUAAAGAGUAUUUGAAAUUCUGUGAAUAGGAAUUCUGUUGGUAGUGAAAUAGGUUCUCACACCUGCUUGCUCAGAAUGUGAAAAUAUUAUUUCUGAGUCCUCGUUGUUCACUUUCUAAAGUGACUGUUGUUUGGUGUUGGAGUUGUUAACUGGGUUCUCUUAGGCGUGCUAUAUCUUGGCAAAUAUUCUCCAUGAUGAACUCUUCCUACUAUCACAGCCAGGACUAUGACUGGAUUUCUCAGUCUCAGUGCCCCAGAUUCACCAUUUCUGAUUGUGUCUGGAGAAUGUUCUCCUGGAAAGGUAUUCCAUGUUC